UCGAUUAGUCACCCUCAAAAUUAAAUAGCAGUGAUAUCACAAAUCAAAGAAGGGAGCAGAAAAGCCAAAUCAUGGCGUACCCGAGGACCGGCGUCGAUCGGCGCAGCGGCUUCUGCGCCGCCAACUCCACCUUCUACAGCAAGCGCGAGCCGGUUGCUCUCCCCUCCGAUCCCAACCUCUCCGUCACCGCCUUCCUCGCCUCUCGCCGCCACUCUGGCACUACCGCCUUCAUCGAUGCCGCCUCCGGCCGCCGCAUCUCCUUCCCCGAGCUCUGGCGCUCCGUCGCCUCCCUCUCCACCGCUCUCGCUUCCCCUCCCCUUUCCGUCCGCAAGCCCAGCGUCGUCCUCCUCCUCUCCCCUAACUCCCACCACUUCCCUGUUGUCUCCCUUGCCGUGAUGUCCCUUGGCGCUGUCCUCACCACAACCAACCCCCUCAAUACGCCUCACGAGAUCGGCCGCCAGGUCGCCAACUCCUGCCCAGUCCUCGCCUUCACCACCCGUGGCCUAAUCCCCAAACUCUCCCACUCUCCCGACCUCCGAAUCGUCCUCCUCGACGACAGCCGCCGACCGAGCGAUGACCUCCGGAUCGUCGCCUCAGUCGACGAAUUAAUCGCCACCGAGCCGGAUCCAGAUCGUACCGCCGUCACCGUGAGCCAGGACGAUACCGCCACGAUGCUAUACUCCUCCGGCACCACUGGAACCAGCAAGGGCGUAGUCGCCACCCAUCGUAACCUCAUCUCCAUGGUCCAGAUCGUGCUCAAUCGAUUCAAGCUGCAAGACGGCGCCGGGCCGGAGACCUUCAUAUGCACAGUCCCGACGUUCCACGUCUUCGGUCUGGUGGCCUUCGCCACUGGCCUUCUCGGAUCUGGAUCCACGGUGGUGGUCCUCUCCAAGUUCGAAUUGGGGGAAAUGGUGCGGGCCAUAAACGAGUUCGGCGCGACGUACCUGCCUCUGGUGCCACCCAUCCUCGUGGCGAUGACGAACCAGCCGCGGCCGCUGCCGCUGGGGCGGCUCCAGAAGGUUCUCUCCGGCGGAGCGCCACUGAGCCGUGAGGUGAUCGAGGGUUUCCGGGAGAAGUACCCGGGGGUGGAGAUCCUGCAAGGGUACGGCCUCACCGAGACGACGGGGAUCGGCGCGUCCACAGACUCGGCGGAGGAGAGCCGCCGGUACGGAACCGCGGGGAUGCUCUCCCCCAACACGGAAGCUCGGAUCGUGGAUCCCGAUUCAGGCGUAGCCCUGCCGGUGAACCGCACCGGCGAGCUGUGGCUCCGUGGUCCCUACGUCAUGAAAGAGUACUUCAAUAACACAGAGGCCACGAGGACGACGUUGGUGGACGAUGGGUGGCUCAGAACAGGAGAUUUGUGCUACAUCGAUGAAGAUGGAUACCUGUUUGUGGUCGAUCGCCUCAAGGAGUUGAUCAAAUACAAAGGCUAUCAGGUGGCACCAGCGGAACUGGAGGCCCUUUUGUUGACUCACCCUGACAUCCUUGAUGCAGCCGUGAUCCCAUAUCCGGAUGAGGAGGCUGGUCAGAUCCCUAUGGCUUAUUUGGUGAGGAAGGAUGGAGGCAAUUUAACUGAGAAGACUAUAAUGGCGUUUAUUGCAAGACAGGUGGCUCCGUACAAGAGAAUCCGCAAGGUAGCAUUUAUAUCAGCCAUUCCGAAGAAUUCAUCAGGCAAAAUAUUAAGGAAAGACCUCGUCAAGCUUGCUGCCUCCAAGCUCUAGUUAUGCAUUGAUCAACUCACUUGUUCUAUUGGAGGAAAAAGUUCUAUAGGACAUAUGUUUUUGUCCCUACUGUUGCACCCGUUGAAACUUUUCUAAAUCUAUAUUAUCUAUGCAUCAUAAUCCAUCGUACCAAAUUAACAGGUUCUAUUA